AUGGAGAGCCUGCAGGAGAGCCGAGGGGAAAGCCGAGACCGGCUGGACUAUCUGCUCUCUGCGGAGGAGCCGGCACUGCCGCUCUGCCGAAAGCUGUGCUAUGCCGUCGGGGGCAUUCCCUACCAGAUGACAGGCAAUGCCCUUGGGUUCUUCCUCCAGAUCUUCCUGCUGGAUGUUGUCCAGCUGGAGCCAUUCCAUGCCUCUUUGAUCAUUUUCCUUGGAAGAGCCUGGGAUGCGGUUACUGACCCCGUUAUUGGCUUCCUAGUCAGCAAGAGCCCAAGGAGAAAAUACGGCAAGUUGAUCCCAUGGAUCGCAGGCUCCACGCCCUUUGGGGUGCUCUGCUACUGCAUGAUGUGGCUGACCCUCUCGGAUGCCACCCCCACCUCCCUGAAAUUCCUGUGGUACCUGCUCAUGUACUGCUUCUUCCAGACUUGCAUGACCUGCUACCACGUGCCGUACUCUUCGCUGACAAUGUUCCUGGGAGGAACCCAGAGAGACCGUGACUCAGCCACUGCCUACAGAAUGGGGCUGGAGGUGUUCAGCACGCUCCUUGGGUCAGGAAUCCAGGGGCAGAUCGUGGGCAGUUACCAUGCCCGCACGACGAACAGCUGCUACGUGUCAAACGAGACCCUGCCCAACACCAGCACCCACAGCCUCACGGACUCUCUGGAGAACACGCGCAGAGCCUAUGUGUUUGCAUCCCUGGUCCUGGGCUCAAUCUAUGGCCUGUCCUGUCUAAUCCUCAUCUUUGGAGUCAGGGAGCAGCCUGGGCCCCUCAGCCCCCUGGGGAAGGUUGAGCUGCCCUUUGCCAGCUGCCUGAGGAUGAUCCUGGGACACAAGCCCUACACCCAGCUGCUCUGUGGCUUCCUCUUUGCGUCCCUGGCCUUCCAGAUCACCCAGGGGAUCUUUGCCUUCUUCUGCACUCAUGCCGCAGGGCUGGCCGGGAAGUUCCAGCAUUUGGUGCUUAUCAUGCUGGUCACGGCUUCCCUCUCUAUUCCAUUUUGGCAGUGGUUUUUGGGGAGAUUUGGAAAGAAAACAGCAGCGUCACUGGGGCUGGCGCUGAUCAUCCCAGCCCUGGUAGCUGUCACCCAGGUGAGGCAGAACUUCCUGGCCUUCGUCUUCCUGGUGAUGGUGGCAGGCUGCAGCACGGCUGUGCUCUACCUCUUGCCGUGGUCCAUGCUGCCAGAUACGGUGGAUGACUUCAUGCUGAGGAACCCCAGCUGCCUCAACCUGGAGGCUCUCUUCUACUCCUUUUAUGUCUUCUUCAACAAGUUUGCAGGUUACCACGCAGGAGACUGCACGUACAACCCCUCCGUCGUCCUUGCCCUGCAGCUUCUCAUGGCCCCCAUCCCAAUAAUUCUGCUGCUCAUUGCCAUCAUCAUCUUCUGCCUCCAUCCCAUCGAUGAGGAGAGGAGGAAGCAGAUGAGAAUGGAGAUGGAGGCAAUGGG